AUGGAAGAAGCCGUGGUACAUUUACCCAAAGAUGGUGGUUUUUCUCAACUUGCUUUACAAAGAAAAGUUAUUAAGGAAGUCUUGGAUAAUCAUGGAGAAGUCAUUGAGGAUUUGGACUUGUUCGAUGGUGAUGGUAUUGGUAUGCUCUUUGAGGAAAAAGAAGAAGUGGUGAAGCUCAAGGCUAAAGCACCCAUGAUGGAGGUUUUUAAGAUUGAUUUGAUUGAUUGGGGACCAAGCUCUAAGGAUGGUUCUAACACUCCCUCCAACUAG